AUGGCAGUGAGAACUCACUUCUCCUUACACAACACACUCUUCCUCUUUAACCCCUCCACUCUUUCACACCGUUCCACACUUUCUCAUCUCAAAUCCAAACCCUAUUCCCAUUCCCGAACAGCUUUCUUCUGCAACUGCACCACUUCUUCUCCCUCAAAUGACCAACCCUUUCUCCUCACAACCCCUCUCUACUACGUCAACGCUCCUCCCCAUAUGGGUAGCGCUUACUCCACCAUCGCCGCUGAUGCCAUUGCUCGCUUCCAGCGGUUAUUGGGAAAGAAGGUGAUAUUCAUUACUGGCACUGAUGAACAUGGUGAGAAAAUUGCAACUGCUGCUAUGGCCCAGGGUUCCACUCCACCUGACCAUUGUAAUCUCAUUUCACAAGCUUACAAGACGCUUUGGAAAGAUCUAGAUAUUUCAUAUGACAAGUUCAUUAGAACAACUGAUAGCAAGCACGAAGCAAUUGUAAAGGAAUUUUAUUCGAGGGUGCUUGCCAAUGGUGACAUUUACCGAGCUGAUUAUGAGGGAAUUUAUUGUGUCAGCUGUGAGGAAUAUAAGGAUGAGAAGGAACUGCUUGAGAACAAUUGUUGUCCGAUCCACCAAAAGCCGUGUGUUUCAAGGAAAGAGGACAAUUACUUUUUUGCACUAUCAAAAUAUCAGAAGUCAUUGGAGGAACUUUUGAUUAAAAAUCCAAGUUUUGUGCAGCCAACUUUCCGUUUGAAUGAGGUUCAAGCCUGGAUCAAAAGUGGCCUGAGAGACUUUUCCAUUUCCCGAGCAUCGGUUGAUUGGGGCAUACCUGUUCCAAGUGACAAGACUCAGACUAUAUACGUAUGGUUUGAUGCUUUACUAGGCUACAUAUCAGCACUAGCUGAUGACGAGGAACAACCUGAUUUAUUAAACACUGUUUCUUCAGGUUGGCCAGCUACACUGCACUUGAUUGGUAAGGAUAUUCUACGCUUCCAUGCCGUUUAUUGGCCAGCUAUGCUAAUGUCUGCUGGGCUAAGCCCUCCCAAAAUGGUAUAUGGCCAUGGAUUCUUGACUAAGGAUGGCAUGAAGAUGGGCAAGUCACUAGGAAAUACGCUUGAGCCAAACGAUUUGGUUAGUAAAUUUGGGACAGAUGCAGUCAGAUACUUCUUCCUCAGAGAGGUGGAAUUUGGCAACGACGGGGACUAUUCAGAGGAACGCUUCAUCAAUAUUGUAAAUGCACAUCUUGCCAAUACAAUUGGAAAUCUUCUUAAUCGUACUCUAGGACUUCUGAAAAAGAAUUGUGAAUCAACUCUGGUAGUGGAUUCCACUACGGCUGCAGAAGGAAACGCAUUCAAGGACAAUGUAGUGAGACUGGUUGAUAAAGCUCGUAUUCACUAUGAAAAUCUCGCACUGACAUCAGCUUGUGAGGCUGUUCUGGAGAUUGGUAAUGUUGGUAAUUCCUAUAUGGAUGAGCGUGCUCCUUGGUCUCUCUUUAAACAAGGGGGUACCGCUUCCGAAGUGGCCGCCAAGGACCUUGUAAUUAUAUUAGAGACGGUGAGAAUUAUUGCCAUUGCACUAUCUCCCGUUACUCCGAGCUUGAGUUGGAGAAUAUAUUCACAACUUGGCUAUUCCAAGGACCAAUUUGAUGCGGCAACCUGGAGAGACACCAAUUGGGGUGGACUUAAGGGCGGUCAGAUCAUGGCUCAACCUCAACCAGUGUUUGUUAGGAUUGAAAACCAAACUGAAGUGGAAGAUAAACCUGUUGCAGUGAGCAAGAAGACUCCAAAAAGUAAAGGGAAGUUGAAACAAGCUCAAGAAGUUACUGGUGCUUAG